CUUUAUGUUGUAGUGUAGCCUAUAGCUAGUCUGUAGGAUGCUGUUUUCGACUUUGACUUUAACACUAAAACUGUUUAAAUGACUGUCAUUAUUGUCUGUGAAAAGAAUUUCUGAAUUUAUUUUCAUUUCUUAUUCUCACUGAGUGUAAACGGAAAGGACAUGUUUUGUUUCAGGUUGUUUUUGUCGGGGAUAUAGAGGCUAGGAGUGGGCUGGAGCUUCCUUCAGUCAUUCAUACUUCGUCUCCUGUCUCAGUUAGCUAGUCACACCGCGGGCACUUGAGCUACACAAGCUAAACAAGUCAUUUGGUGGAUUUUUAUGGCGGUUCAGAGAAUAUAUGGAGCGUUUGUGCUGAGUGUCUAAGCCAGGCUACAGGACUGGGUUUGUAAUGAUGCAGCAUCCACGUGUUUGAGCUGGAGAGGCAGUUUCGCCUCGGCGUGAAGCCACACGACGCAGUUAAGCCCGACCUACACGGCCACGUUUACUUUCCCCCCUCGCUCAUUUUCUUGGCUCUAUUUGUGAACCCGGCCCUUUUUUUUCUCUUAAAUUUCCUCGGAGAGAUUCCAUUGAACGUUUUUGAGAGUUUUUUCAUUUUUAUAAAAAGCAUCCCCGGGGAAAGGCUGUAGUUAAACAGCACAGAAGGCUGGUGCUGUGCGCCAGACAGCUGCUCUCACGUAGGCUUGCCAUCGCACUACAAUGACCGCUGUGGCUGUAGGCUCCCUGCAGUAAGCACUUAAAGGUUAUGCUGUCCGAAACCUCCCAGCUGAGUCUGAGCAAAAGAGAAAAAGGCUAACGCACAAUCACAAGAGACACACGCACACAGCACACCAAGCCAUGAGUGACGCUCAGGACACUGGAGACACCAUUGCCACUGCAGGACUGGCUGGACACUUUCCGGCUGCAGUGCCCCUUUCUCCCCGUCGGCAUGGUGACCACAUUGAUGACGAAGAUGACGGGGACCUGAAUAAGACUCUGGGAGUGCAGCGCUUCCAGCAGAUCCUCUCCCCAGCACCGCGGCUACCUGCCGAGCAGCACCGCACCUUCAACCAGGAGGACUUAGAAGGCCACCGCCACUUGCCCUUGCAUAUCCAUCACCCGCUAUCCAAACGGCUGCCCUCUGAGAGCCGGGGGAAAAAGGGCGGACGCAAGAGGAAGAGCGGGAGGAGGAGGGGCUCGGCCAGCAGCGGCGGAGCUCCCACCAUAGAGGAGGAUGAGCAAGAGGAGGAAGUAGAGGAGGACCAUUGCAGCCCACAGGAUGGGGAAGGCAACACCACCACGCCUACACCUGACACCGAUACAGAUGCUCACACAGAACCAGUGCAGUUCUUUGUGUGUGAUGAAGACUCCAAUGUCACUACUGUGGUCAAAAAUAACCAGAGUACUCCAGCUCGCCAGCUCGCUAUCGUCCCCGAGUCAGCACUACACAAGAGCAGCACUAGCCCUGAGGAUGCCACUACAACUGAUAGCGACAGCGUGUGCGUCCAGCCCAAUGGCAGGACGGCGUCUGUUCCGUCGGGGUGCCCGCUCACGUCCCCUGAUGCCAGCUCGAGGUUGGCGCGCAGCUACGACCUGCAGGAGCGCCGGCGCACAGGAGAUGUGACAGCCACUGAACUAACACACUACCAACACAUGCCGACUGAUGAGAGCGAAGCACAGAUGCUGGCCACCGUCGACCUGGACGGCAUGAAGAGUCACCGGUUUGAAGAUGUCCCUGGCGUACGGCGUCACCUGGUCAGGAAGUGCAGUAAGGGGCAGGUGGUUCACAUCAGCAAGGACCACAAGGAACCGAGCGGCCGCAGCCGUAAACUGGACAGAACCCCACACGAGGUGUUUGUGGAGCUGAACGAGCUGGUGAUGGAUAAGAAUCAGGAGAUGCAGUGGAGAGAGACGGCCCGCUGGAUCAAGUUUGAGGAGGAUGUGGAGGAGGAAACGGACCGCUGGGGCAAACCACACGUAGCCUCGCUGUCAUUCCGCAGCCUGCUGGAGCUGCGUAGGACCAUCUCACACGGUGUCGUACUGCUCGACCUGGACCAGAGGACGCUGCCUGGCAUUGCUCAUCAGGUGGUGGAACAGAUGAUCAUCUCCGACCAGAUCCGAGCAGAAGACAGAGCCAACGUGCUCCGAGCACUGCUGCUCAAACACAGUCACCCGAGUGAUGGGAAGGAACACAACUCAUUCCACAGGAACAUCUCGGCGGCGAGUCUCACCUCUCUAAUGCCUCAUCACCAUAGCAACAACCAUGUCGCCCCCCCAGAACCUUCUGCCGCUGACCCGCUCAUAGCAGGAACCACUGAACCUGACUCCCACUCCUCCGUCGACGUCGACAAGAACGAGAAAGAUACUCCUCUAGUGCUGGGCUUGCACAAAUCCAAAUCUAAGCACGAGCUCAAGCUUCUGGAAAAGAUCCCGGAAAAUGCAGAGGCCACCGUCGUGCUUGUGGGCAGGGUGGACUUCCUGGACCAGCCGUCCAUGGCUUUUGUGCGGCUGCAGGAGGCGGUGCUGCUGGAGUCGGUGCUGGAGGUGCCGAUACCAGUGCGCUUCAUGUUCGUCCUCCUCGGCCCACCCAUCGCUAACAUGGACUACCACCAGAUCGGGCGCUCCAUAUCCACCCUGAUGUCUGACAAACAAUUUCAUGAGGCAGCAUAUUUGGCAGAUGAGCGUGGGGACCUGCUGACCGCCAUUAACAGCUUUCUGGACUGCAGCAUCGUGCUUCCUCCAUCAGAGGUAGGAGGUGACGAGCUGCUGCACUCUGUGGCUCGAUUCCAGCGAGAGAUGCUGCGCAAGAGACACGAGCAAGAGGUCAAAUUACAGGCCAAAGAACCCAAGAGGCCUGAGGAUGAGGCUCUUCUGCCCCCAAGUAAACCCGUAGACGACCCCCUGCGGAGGACGGGACGCCUGUUUGGUGGGGCCAUACGAGAUGCACGCAACCGUUACCCCAAAUACCUCAGUGAUUUUAAAGAUGCCCUCAACCCUCAGUGCAUGGCUGCUGUCAUAUUCAUUUACUUUGCUGCCCUCUCUCCUGCCAUUACCUUUGGAGGACUGUUGGGUGAUAAGACUGAGGGCUUGAUGGGUGUAUCGGAGUUAAUCGUGGCCACUGCAGUACAGGGGAUUUUGUUUUGUCUGCUUGGAGCGCAGCCCCUCCUUGUGGUUGGCUUUUCUGGACCUGUGUUAGUGUUUGAAGAGGCGUUCUAUUCUUUCUGUACGUCCUAUGGAAUGGAGUACCUGACGGGACGGGUAUGGAUCGGGUUUUGGCUGGUAAUUAUCGUGGUGGUUAUUGUGGCCUUUGAGGGAAGCUUCCUGGUGCGUUUUGUUUCCCGCUUCACGCAGGAGAUCUUCUCCUUUCUCAUCUCCCUAAUCUUCAUCUAUGAGACCUUUGCGAAGCUUGCCAAGAUCUUCAAAGACCACCCUCUCACCUCUUGCAACAGCACAGCAGAAAAUGACACUACACCAGAGUUCCUGGUCAACUCCAGCAGAACUCAAGACAUACCUGGGAAAGUGUUGAACCAGCCCAAUACAGCCCUGCUGUCCCUCGUGCUAAUGUCAGGAACCUUCUUCAUUGCCUUCUACCUGCGCAAAUUUAAGAACAGCGCCUUCUUCCCUGGCAGCCUCCGCAGGGUGAUUGGAGAUUUUGGUGUUCCCAUUGCUAUCUUCAUCAUGGUUUUGGUGGAUUAUAGCAUAAAAGACACCUUCACCCAGAAGCUGAGCGUGCCGGACGGCUUCAGCGUGACCAGCCCAGAGAAACGGGGCUGGGUGAUCAACCCGUUGGGCUCUGACGGUCAGUUCCCAGUCUGGAUGAUGGCUGCCAGCAUUCUGCCUGCCCUGCUCGUUUUCAUCCUCAUCUUCAUGGAGACACAGAUCACCACUCUUAUUGUGAGUAAAAAGGAGAGGAUGCUGGUGAAGGGGUCUGGCUUUCAUUUGGAUCUGUUGAUCAUCGUAGCCGUGGGUGGGAUCUCAGCUUUGUUUGGCCUGCCCUGGCUGGCUGCUGCGACCGUGCGCUCCGUGACCCACGCCAACGCCCUCACUGUCAUGAGUAAGGCUGUGGCACCCGGCGAUAAACCACGCAUCCAGGAGGUAAAGGAGCAGAGAGUGACUGGACUUCUGGUAGCAAUUCUCGUUGGUCUUUCUAUUGUGAUUGGGGAUGUGCUAAGGAAGAUCCCCAUCGCUGUUCUCUUUGGCAUUUUUCUCUACAUGGGGGUUAUGUCCCUCAACGGCAUCCAGCUGACUGAGCGCAUGAUGCUGCUGCUGAUGCCUCCCAAAUAUCACCCAGACCAUAUGUAUGUGCGGAAGGUGCGCACUCUACGGAUGCACCUUUUCACAAUGAUCCAGGUGGUGUGUUUGGCUGGGCUCUGGGCUGUCAUGUCCACCCAGGCCUCGUUAGCGUUCCCCUUCGUCCUUAUCCUCACCGUGCCCAUCAGGAGGUUCCUGCUGCCGCGGAUCUUCAACCAGCGCGAGAUACAGUGUCUUGACGCAGAUGACGCAGAGCCCACAUUCAACGCGAGGGAGGGGCAAGACGAGUACACGGAGAUGCACGUGCCAGUAUGACGCUGAUCACGCCACUCUGACUGACACUUAUUCUGGGUGAAUGAGUGGAAUCACAGAUACAAUCCUAGACUUUUCAGUACGUUAUCUUGUGUAAGACGUUGACCAGUCAGUGACUGUGUCACUGUAGCUCUGUUCCCAGAAGCAUGAGCAUCAUGCCUAUAGAAUCAUUUUAUAGCUUUGUGUCCAUCUCGAAUUUUAACUGAUAGUAAAACUAUAUUUGCGUAUUUAACGGUUGCCUGGUUGUCAGUAUAUAGUUGUUUAUCCACGAGGUUUAGUGUGUACUAACACCUGGGGUUUGUAUAAUUGUGUAGCGAGUGUGAAAUGUGACACCUCCCCCUCUCCCCCACACGAAGCACUUUAUGACCAAUCAUAAUGCUUUUUUUCUGUUAUUGAUUUUUCAUCUUACUGAAACCAGGGUGAAAUGUUAAUGUAGGCUGAACAACUAUCAAACAUUAUUUAGGUAGCAAAGCUAUUGGCAAGUGUGUUUUUUUUUUUUUUUUUUUUUUUCGGACCAGCACUGAAAAGAAAGCAGUUGUUUUUGCAAAACUCAGUGUUCUUUAAUGACUGUAUAUUUCAAAUCUGUUGUGAAAAGUAUGCAAAGUUUUUGACAGUAACAUGCAAUUCUGGUUCACCUCUCCCAACCACCAGGGAUGGUUAAUAUCACCUGAUAUCUUCUUGUGAGACUAAGGAAGGGUGAAAUUAUAUGCUAGUUAAGUGUAUAACUAUGAUUUGUAAGUAUGUAACUAGUUCUCUGUCAUUUGGACCCAGCACUAAUCGAACAAAUUACUUAUUGCAAAUACUACACUUUGUGACUUAGUAGGAAGUUCUCAGUAUGUAUGCACGCGCGCACACACACACACACACGCGCACGCGCACACGCACAUGAACAGAUCCAGGUGAUGUUUAAUUUCCCUGGCACUUGUCUGGUGAUCACAGAACCACAGUUACAUAUGUAACUAGUGUUAUCUUCUAUAUAUCUUUAUAUAUUUAAAGCCAAAAAAGUAUCAAGAGACCAGUGUAUAGAAACCUGCAUUAUUGCUGUAGGGAGUUUAGCCAUUCCCAAAAUAGGAAAAGUCGACUGUAGGCUGUGUGUAUCUUCCAUUUGUGUGACUGAAUCUGCUAAAUUCUGAAAUAAAUGGCUACUGAAUAUAUUUUUAAUCAUUUGAAAUGAAUAGUAGUGUUUAGGACUAUAAGUGAAAGUGAUAAGGGAUGAUGGUACUCACCCUUGCCAGUUAGGUCAAUGAAUCACAUUUUAAAGGGUUCUGUGGUAUAGGCUGGCAAUGAUAAUAGGCCACAUCUUAAUACUAUUUCAAGUUUUAAAAUAAACAUAGGCAUCUGAUUCAAAUGUUCAUGUAUACGCAAGUCUUUUUUUUUUAAACAUUAUGCCUGUUUAUUUUAGUCUGUAGUGUGUGAUUCUUUAUUAAAAAAAGUUUAAGAUCCAAAGAUGCAGUACAAAGCUGAAAUCUUGAACAUUUCUGCAUGUUAUGUGUGUUUUUUUUUCUUUUUUGGCCUAAUUUUAUUUUUGUACUUUGUCUGUCAGUGACUUCAUAAUUUUAAACAUUUAAUAGGCAAAAGAUGGAUUAUUUGUUACAAGUGCAAUCUGUCUUACAUUCCAACUAUAACACUCAAACUGAUUCUUCAAAAAUCUUGAACAAAAUGUUAUUUUACUUAUGUAUGAAACUGUACAUUUCCAUUUGCUCCUGCCAAAAACAUUUGUGUUGCAACCACUUGAGCUUAUGAUGUAGUGCCUUUUAAUAUGAUGUUGCUGUAAAACGGGCCGGAUGAAACUGUGUAGUCGCUUUUGCUUGAUGAUAAGUAUGAAGCAGAAGUGACCUUGUUUGUUAUUGUAUGAAUGAUGGUGAAGAGUGAGACGGUGUGAUUUGUGAGACUGGAUCAGAAUGACCAUGAUGUGACAGUGUGAAAGCAGUAAUUCCUCUGUGUUUAUACACAGUGCAGACUCAAUAAAGCUACUCAACAUUUCUA